AGUGAAGUAGCACAGUAGACUGUCACUGCACGGAAUACAUAGCUACACUUUUCUGUUAUUCAUAACUUUCUGGAAAUGACAUUUAUACGUUAAGCUUGAAGACUAAAUCCAACCCAAAAUGACGGUGGACUUUGAAGAAUGUGUGAAAGAUUCACCCCGGUUCAGGGCAAACAUUGAUGAAGUGGAGACGGAGGUGGUAGAGAUUGAAGCUAAACUAGACAAGCUGGUGAAGCUAUGCAGUGGGAUGAUCGAGGCAGGGAAGGCCUAUGUCAGCGCCAACAAACUCUUUGUGAAUGGAAUCCGGGACCUGUCCCAACAAUGCAAGAAGGAUGAGAUGAUCUCGGAGUGCCUGGAGAAGUGUGGGGAGAGCCUCCAGGAAAUAGUCAACUACCACAUGAUUCUGUUCGAUCAAGCCCAGAGAUCUGUGAAGCAGCAGCUGCACAACUUUGUGAAAGAGGAUGUCCGUAAAUUCAAGGAGACCAAGAAGCAAUUUGACCGCAUGCGUGAAGACAUGGAGAUAGCCCAGGUGAAGAACGCCAGGCCCAGGAACAAGCCCCACGAGGUGGAGGAGGCCACCGGAACACUCAGUAUCACCAGGAAGUGCUUCAGACACCUGGCCCUCGACUACGUACUUCAGAUCAACGUCCUUCAAGCCAAGAAGAAGUUUGAGAUCCUAGAUGCUAUGCUGUCCUUCAUGCAUGCCCAGUACUCCCUCUUUCAGCAGGGCUACAACCUGCUGGAUGAGAUUGACCCCUACAUGAAGAAGCUGGCUGCUGAGUUGGAUCAGUUGGUGAUUGACUCGGCCAUGGAGAAGAGAGAUAUGGAACACAAGCACGCCACCAUACAGCAGAGGACCCUCAUGCAGGACUUCUCGUAUGACGACUCGAAGGCAGAGUUGUUCAACGUGGACGCGCCCAAUGGCGUGGUGAUGGAGGGGUACCUGUUUAAGAGAGCCAGCAAUGCCUUUAAGACGUGGAACAGGCGGUGGUUCUCCAUCCAGAACAGUCAGCUGGUCUAUCAGAAGAAGCUGAAGGAUUCCUUGACGGUGGUGGUGGAGGACCUCAGGCUGUGCUCUGUCAAGCCCUGUGAGGACAUUGAGAGGAGGUUCUGCUUUGAGGUUGUCUCCCCCAACAAGAGCUGUAUGCUGCAGGCGGAGUCAGAGAAGCUUCGGCUAGCCUGGAUCCAAGCAGUGCAGGCCAGCAUUGCCUCAGCAUACAGGGAGAGCCCAGACUACCACUACAUCGAGUGUCUGGAUAGGACAGCCUCACCUUCCGUCAGCAGUAUCGACUCGGCCAGCGAGCCUCGGGAACGCAGUGUCAGGGGGGAGACCAUCCUGCAUCGUAUACAGUGUCUCCCGGGCAAUGAGUAUUGCUGUGACUGUGGCCAGGCCGACCCGCACUGGGCCUCCAUCAACCUGGGCAUCCUGCUCUGCAUCGAGUGCUCCGGCAUCCACAGGAGUUUGGGGGUUCACUGCUCCAAGGUGCGCUCUCUAAUGUUGGACUCAUGGGAACCUGAGUUACUAAAGCUGAUGUGCGAGCUAGGAAACAGUGUCAUCAACCACAUCUAUGAGGGAGCAUGUGAGGCACAGGGCCUGAAGAAACCAGGGCCCUCAAGUUCCAGGCAGGAGAAGGAGGCAUGGAUCAGAUCAAAGUAUGUGGAGAAGAAGUUCCUGAAGAAGUUGGGGGCCACCGAGGUGCUUGUGAACAGCGGGCGGAAGACGGAGCACCGGUGGAGUGUGAAGAAGUGGCAGAGACACAACAGCGCCACCACAGUGCCUAAGACCCGACGGAAAUACCGCCAGGAGCCGGGAGGCGCCUCCCCUGCCACCCUCUCCUCAGCUGCUUCAGCUCUAGAGAGAAAGUUCCGACGAGAGUCACUGUUUUGUCCAGACGAACUGGACAAUCUCUUCUCUUACUUCGACACAGGAUCUGGACCUCGUAGCCCUGCAGGUCUGAGCAGUGACAGUGGCCUGGGCGGCAGUACAGACGGCAGCACAGAUAUCCUGGUGUUCGGCUCAGUGGUGGACAGUGUUACAGAAGAGGAGUGUGAGGUGUCAGAGGACUCUAGCGGAGAGGCUGAGAUGGAGCCAGAGACCGAGACCCAGUCGGACCCAGAGGAUGGGCGUGAGCUCCACCCUGGGGCGCUGCUCUACAAGGCCUCCCAGGCACGCAACCUGCCCGUCAUGGCUGAGGCGCUGGCCCACGGGGCUGACGUCAACUCCGUCAACGACGAGGAUGAUCGCAAGAGCCCACUCAUACAGGCUGUGUUUGGGGGCUCCUUGAUAGCCUGCGAGUUCCUGCUCCAGAAUGCAGCUGACGUUAACCAAAGAGACGCAAGGGGGAGGGGGCCACUACACCACGCCACAUAUCUGGGACACACAGGGCAGGUGUGUUUGUUCCUGAAGAGAGGAGCCACGCAGAACGACGGAGAUGAGGAUGGACAUGACCCUCUGAGUAUCGCUGUGCAGGCAGCCAAUGCAGACAUCGUCACCUUGUUGCGACUGGCCAAGAUGAAUGAGGAGAUGCGGGAGUCAGAGGGACCGUUUGGCCAGCCAGGAGACACUACUUACCUCGACAUCUUCCGAGAGUUCUCACACAUGGCCUCCCACAACCCAGAGAAGCUGAAGCGGAGGAGUGUACAUUUUAGACACUCCUUCAGGUAGCCCACAGAGGGAUGAGAUGUCUGGGAGGUCGUACUUGAAGAGUGCAACAGUCACUUUCCUUACAUCAUUACAGAUUUGAAUAGUGUGUCUAUCCACCUCAUAUUCAGAACCUGACUUUAGGAAUCCUCUCAGAUACCCAACUCGUAAAUGUUCUUCACAAAUGAGAACCACUAUUAAAUUCUUUCAAAUUGCCGUACUACAGGUACUAUCUCUACUAUUAAUACCAAUACUGACUAACACUAAAUGACUUCACUCAUCUGAAUAGUGAAACCACUUCUGUCAACAUGCACCUACAGUAUAUGGGAGCUUAGAAAUGUUGCCUCAAAAACAUAGGCCUACAGGUAUGGGCGACGAUAUCAAUAAUUAUUGUCACUGCUAAAAACAUCUGUGAAUUCUUAGAUGCUGUUCAUGACAUAUAUUACUUCUUUGACAAAAGAUAUUGAUGCUUUCAGCAAUUGGGAAGUAUUUUGUUGGAGAAUGCUGUAUGUUACAAAUGUGUAAAAUGCAUAUUCUGUCAUCAAAUAAUUUGUUUUAAUAACUUUUUGUAAUGUAGCCUGUACUUGCUUUAUGAGGAUAUGCUGGACUUGUCCUCUCCUAUUAGCUGUAUGACAUUAUUUUUAAGCGUUGUUGUUAAAUGUUAACUUUAGAUAAAUCCAAGCACUAAACAAUUUAUUAACCUGUAUUCUAGAUAGAUAUCAGGAGUUGUUAAGAAUUAUGAUAAUUCUUCAUCUUUGUGUGCUCAGAACAGCUUGAUUAUUUUGUUCAAUGAACCAGACUCACUAUAGAAGGAAUAACAGCAUAUUGUUUACAUUGCAAAAUGUUUAGUUUUUUUUGUGUAAUGCAUUCCUUUGGUCCAUUUAUUUCUUUCAAACUUGAAUUAAGCAGCAAUGUCUCUACACUAUAGCCUAUAGGCUUUCAGCUCACUUAGGAUGAAUGGACAGGGUUGUUUCCUUUGGAUACCAUCCAGUUCUUUGAAAUGUGCUGUAAUGUCAGUAUUAUUUUUCAAAUAAGUUUUGUUUUUAUCCUGGAACUAUAUGGAAGGUGAUAUUUGAUUUCGACUAUGCUGGUAUAGUCUUAAUAUUUUGUUAAAAUGUCAUGUAGAAUAUGUCUUUAUAUUCAUACCACUAUGCAUUUCAAUGCAGAUAUUGUAUAUAAACGCUGUAGAGGCAAAAUGCUAAUAUAUCUCAAAGGAAUGUAAUUUUGUCUUGAAUAUUUUAAAUUGUGAAACUAAAGAAAGUCUCUAAAAACUGACAAGUGUUCACAGUGGUUCCUUGCCUGACUAACUACAACAAUUACACAAGACUGAUGUGUCCAUAUUUCUGAAACAAAUUACAUUUAAUAUCAUUUAAACUAAAAUAACAACCAUUGGCUGGCAGCCCUCUGAGGAUGACUUGAGUUUAAGAGUCAGGAGGCGUCAUAAAAGGGCAGUUUGAGAUACUGAUACCAGUGCUUGAGUUGUCGGGGUAGGAGCUGGAAGACGUUCUCAGUGAGGAACAUCAGAGCAUCUUGCAUGGCUGGUUGCAGAAGCUGAUUCGAUGGCAGAGAGAGAACAAGGAGACAAAAUUUCUCCUAUAAACAAUAACAGGGUUUAUUUUUUCACUAAUGGUCAGGCUUACACUAAUAAUCCACGAACUCUGAUACACUGACACAAGUGUUCAAAAUGAAAUUUGCCAUGAAUCUAUUCACUUCCAGAGAAUUUGGAAUGAUUACCUUUGAGUAGGGCAACUUCUUGUGAGAGAAGUUGUGGAAUUGGCCAAUCUUCUGCAGGAUGGUCCUGUACUCAAAGUCCCUGUCAUCAGACAAUUCUGAGACAUCGCUCUUCAGGAUUUCGUACCUAAGAAAACAUUUUAAAAGUAAACUAAAAUACAACCAAUGUCAACAUUUACUGUAUUUCACAUGAAUUUUCCCAUGAACAAGUGACAUAGUAGGCUACUGUACAUGUUGGUAACAUAGAACUGAAACUCGCCAAAAUAAAAGCGCCGAUUUUGGUUCCCUGAGCUCAUGUUUUAGUGAGGAGAGCAGCAUAGGUAGGCUUGUCUCCUUCCUUGAGGCCAUCAAUGCAUCCAGGAGAGUCCUCAUUCUCUCCUCUCUGUGUCUAAACAAAACAAAUGAAACAUACUGAGUCUAUACUGUAAUUUUUUUCACUUGCAUUUAUGUUUUGAUUAAACUUUUUUUUUUUUUAAAUGCGAGGAAAAAUCUAACAUUACACAGACCUAUAUUGGAAUCAUUACAACCGCUUACAUUUUCUUCUCAAACAUGUCUGUCUCCAUCUGAUUGUUCAUAGAUCUCUGAAUUUCGAUGAACUUUGUUCUGACACGUUCCAGCAUAUCAUGUCUGUUCUUUGGUCUGAAAAAAAUAUGUGAAGAUUGAAUAUCUAUAUUCUACUCUCUCGUGUUUCAUUAAUGUCUUAAACACUAGCCACUGAUACUCACUUCUGAGGAUCCUUCUCAUAUGUGGCUGUGGAAAGUGAAUAGUCAAUAUCACUAUUUCAAUCUGACUUUCAGACCCAAGUAAACCGUUAUAUGCCGUUUAUACUGAAGUGUCAUUAUAUGGUUCUUAUAUAUUUGUUAUACUGCAAAUCAAAAUGGCUGUGUACUAACUGUUCUCAUCCAAGAGCAGGUUCAGCCAAGGAGGUAGGUCCCCAGUUUCAUUCUCUACCUCCUUUAGACCUGCCUUCCUUCUGAGUCCUAACUGGACAGGCUUACAACUGCAAUGUUUUAAGGUGGAAUUGACCAUUAAACUUUAGUUAGCAAAUACAUUAUUAAUUAGGGGUGGCAGGUAGCCUAGUGGUUAAGGGUAUUGGGACAGUAACCGAAAGGUUGCUGGUGUGAAUCCCUGAGCCGACUAGGUAAAACCAUCUGCCGAUGUGCCCUUGAGCAAGGCAAUUAACCCUAGUUGCUCUGGGUAAGAGCGUCUGCUAAAUGACAUAUAGAUUUUAACCAAUGUACUGUAUGUAUUACAUUUCUUACCCAGCAAACUUAGCGGAGGGUGAUUUUGGCUCUGAAAAACAAAACAAAAAACAUUAAAAACAAUGAUAGUACCGGUAUUCCCAUGAAAAUCUGUGGAAAUUUUACUGCCUUGGUCUUGGUGAUUGAUGAAUGACUCCCACAAGUCUGGGUUGAUGUUCAUGUCCUCAGGUGCAAAUGGAAUCAGACACCUAACAACAUAGAAUCACAUCUGAAAUAUUUAAAUAAAAAAUUGCUUUUAUUUGAAUGCAGUUAAAUCAAGCAGGUUACCAUAAACUAGCUAUUUAAGUUUUGUAAGUCAAUGGGUAUUGUAAGAGGUGAUAUAAAUGGAUUUAGUUUGGUUACCUCUGAGAGUUCUUCAAAAGAACAUUGGUUUUAUCUGUGUCUUUCAUGAUGAUGUUCACAUACCCACUUGCAAGAGGCAACUUGGUGAGAAAUACACAACUUUACUGUACAAUUGUGUCAU